AUGAAGAAGCAAAGACAGGAGGGCAUACUUAUUCUCGAAGACAUUCUGUCAAUCACCGAAGAGCUCUUGGUACUAUCAAAAAUAGCGCCAAACGACAAAGAGAAAGACAUACACAGAGAAAUAAAGGAGGGGUUUCAGCUGAAAACAAAGACCGAGCUGCUAGUGGCGGCUGUGUCGUCUCUGUACGAUAUCAUUCUGGAAAUAGAAACAGACCAAGAGUCCAACCGGCUGUGGAAGAAGGCCGAAGACAAAUCUCCACACAUAAAACAGAAAACACAAAAUAAACAAAACCUGAUGGCGUAUUUAGAUACGAUACAAGAAACAAAAAAAGAAGAAAGCAGAACAGAGUCAUCACCUGCUGCCAGUAUUAUAGAUAGCACUGAUUAG